AUGCAGGUAAAUGACUACCUCUUCCAAGGUAAUGAGGGAGAGCGAGCACCGAAAAGUGUCAAGAGACUGAUUGUUAAUCCGGGCAUUCAGGUGUUGCCUAAUGAAUUGUGUUACAAUUGUGAGCGUUUGCGGGAAGUCACAAUGCCUCAGGGAUUAAUCAAGAUCGGCUCCCGGGCGUUUGGUUUGUGCUUCAGUUUGCUGGCAAUCGAUAUUUGUAGCACUGUGGAAUCCAUUGGACAAAGCUCGUUUUGGAAAUGCCAACUUCUGGCGAAAAUAGAUUUUGAACAGCCAUCAUCUUCGCCACAUCAGCUAAGGUCGAUUGGGCGACAUGCUUUCCGUUAUUGCCUCUCACUACAAAGAAUCAAGGUCCCGUCGUCGGUGAAUUUGAUUGGCAUGUGUUCCUUCAAGAGCUGCGACGGCUUGGUAGAAGCAAUCUUAUCAUCAACGUCCAUCAAGGAAAUUCCCAGCUGGGGUUUCGCUCACUGUCGCUCUCUGCAAAGUUUGAGCCUACCAAGCUCAUUGGAGCGUAUUUGUGACAGUGCAUGUAUUGACUGUACUUGCUUGGUGACAGUGAUGGUGCCUUUGGGUGCACAGCCGAUCGAGAUUGAAGCCGGUGCCUUCUAUCGCUGCAGAUGUCUUGCAAAUCUUGUGCUUUCCCAAGGGUCAAAUGCAUCAGAAAACUCGUUUGAUGGAUGUGCACUAUUGCGAGAUCGCUUUGGUAAAAGAACAGAUGCUAUUGUCGCUGCUAUGAUAAAUAGAUUUGACGACUUUCCAGUACAUAAGCUUUGUUAUGAUCAUUACUCGACAACCGCUCAUGAGCUCCGACGGUGCUGGACCGAGAACAAGGAGGAGAUAGACGCAUCGAUGGUAGAUGAGUUCGGAAUGACACCUUUUCACGUUCUCUUUUCGACUACCGAGCCGAGUGGAGAACUGUUCGAAGUCCUUCUAGACAAGUUUCCAUACCAUGUUCUCAGCUGGAAAGACGCCAAUGGCAAGGUGGCAAUGGAUUACUUGGUCUCCAACUGGACCGACACAUCUACAUCUUUGCUUGACAUGACACUUCAAAAGUGGAUUUUUUGUCGAUUGGAGCGCUGGUGUGCGAAGUGUUGGAGAAACGUAAUGAUUCCACUGGUGAAUACCCUUCUAGCUGAAGAGGACAAGGGACGCAGGAUGACUGUGUUCAUUGAGAUUUGCUCAAUCUUGAAAAAAUACGAAAAUGUGGAAGCCACGUCGAUAUUGGAGAUGACCUUGUGGAAAAGGCAUCUCAAACGUGGACGCAGCAAUGAUGGUACUAAACGGCAAGCUCUAGACCGAGAAGAGUGCCGGUGUGUCUGUGGGUCUGACGUUGUAAUUCCGAAUGUAAUUCAGUUCUUCGUGGGCAUCCAUCAAUGA